UAGAUACGUAGUAGUGUAGUACGAUUGUAGAUUCGAGAUUAGGACUAGGCAAUUGAUUGGAAUUUUGAAUGCAUAACAAAGAUGUGCCAAAAUAACAAGGGCAUGAAGUCCUAAAAAUUGUCAAAGCGAUCUGAGCACCACUCUUCGCGAAAUCACAGCUGCCCUGACGAGUCUGGGCGGAGCUUCCCUCUCGCCACCUUCAUAAUUCACCCGCCUGCAGAAAAGACAGACCCUUUACCCCAUCAAUUUGCUGUAACAACUCCCGAAUCUGCCUGCCGACUGCUUUUACCCCGAUGCCCCUUUUAGCCCGUCGGGUGUGCAUCUGACCCGACCCAGCUACAUCAUUCUUGCCACUUCCGGCAAAUAAAAACUCCACUUCAAACUCCCCACUUUUAUCCUAACUAGCAACUAACACGGCCGGAACCUCUCCUAUCCAGACGCGUUUCCGGCCAUUGACCUCAUAGCCGGCCAACCAUACAUCACCUGGAGUCCCCCGCUCGUGUGCUAGGCGUGUCCGCGCAUCCUACGCGCGAGUUCUCACAAGGUUUGCCGUAUCCGUACUUCAUAGCUUUUGCGAGGUAUUGUGUUUUGCAGUUGGGGAAAAAAUAAAAAAAAAUAAAAAAAUAAAUAAAAACCAAUACAUUGUGAAUUGUUAAAAAGGAGAGGAUGAGUAGUACUGCGAUGAGUGAGCCAGCUAACACAGCUACUCGUACAGUAUAUGGAGUAUCAGAACCAAUAUCUACUGGUGGCCCGACAGAGAUUGAUGUAGUGAAGAACAACGAAUUGGAAAAAUUUCUUGCAGAUGCUGGUCUGUAUGAAAGUCAAGAAGAAGCCAUUAGAAGGGAAGAAGUCCUCGGGAGAUUGGAUCAGAUUGUAAAGAAGUGGGUAAGAAAUGUCAGUCGUGCGAAAGGACAUAGUGAACAUCUCGCACAGGAAGCAAAUGCAAAAAUUUUCACAUUUGGUUCAUACCGGCUGGGGAUGUUUGGGGGUUAGGGUUAUAUCAAAAAAAUCAAUCCCAUUAUAUUUCAAGGUGAUAAACUUGAAAGCAUUUCUAGUGUUAAUGAGGCAUACUUCUUUUAGUUUUAUGGAUGCCAACAACUCGGGCGAGCCAUGGGUGCCAGGCCGAGUAGUGGAACAACUUUGAGCAAGAACCGGACGGGAGUGCCCAAUGCAAGCAUGGGGCAUGGUGGGGCGAGUGCAAGCAACGCGCCAUCCGUGAACCAAGGCAAGACCCAAGCUAGGGUCUACGCGAUGACGGAAGCGGAUGCAUGUGCCAACCCGGACUCCGUUGCGGUUUCAGGUACGAGUAGAAGCUUGCUACC